GGAAAACGUGAUUAUUUUGUAUCGUGGAAACCAUUCAAUUCAAUUCAAAUCGUGUUUGUGUGUGUGUGAGUGUAUGUAUUCUAAAGGUGUUUCUUACACUAGAAGCUCUCGUUAAAUUGUGGCUCAGCUACCACACCAAGCCGCUGAUUUCUCUUCGUGCGAUAAAAAUACAAGAAGCAUAAAGUUAACAACAAUACAGUGAACAGUGUGCGUAGUCUGUUGCGUUUUCGCGAAGUGUUUGUAAAAAAAUCUGUGAAAGAAUGUUCUUAAUUAAACCAGUGCUCAAAUGUCAAAAGUCUUGAUAAAUGAGAAAGCAAAAUAACGGCGAGUGUUUAACCAGAAAUAGCAACAAAUAGUUUAUGAGCAAAUAAAUAAGGCGCGAAAAUAAAGAAAGGUGAGAUAAAACCCAAGAAUUUGAUACAAAUCAAAGAGUGUUUUAGUUGUGUGCGGAACAAAACAACAAAAAAACGUGUUGUGGAAAAUUUCGAUUGAAACAAAUAAAUGUGUUAUCUCGAAUGAAAACAGCAAUAUUCUGAAACGAGGCUUAUUUUGGAUGUUUAUCGAACGGAUUUCCUAGCAUUCAUCAGCUACAUUUCGGAGAUACAGCAGGGCGUUCCGCGGAAGCAACAACUGUGUCCACAAGGCAUUGGAGUUCAUUCACUAUGUAUAACUAAGGAAAGAAUUUGUUUUAUUACCACUCUUUUCGACGACUGUUAGUUGGGCCGUAAUACAAAUUGCUUGAGCUUAAGAAACGUAUUACCGACGACGACGACAAAAACAACACGCGGCAAUCACGGAACGAUAAAACCGAAAUCGUAUCCCCGCCGCCCAGACGGACCCAAUCAGCGAUGGCGAAAGCUGAUUCAAUCCAGAAUGGAAUCAAAACAGACACCACAGACGAUGUUGAAAAAUCACUGGAGCUGCUGGACAAAGUCUUAUCGGAAUUCGAAGAGGAGCAGGAGGUAGCACACGCCCCAGUAGAACCGGACAGUCCCUCCCAGGGCCAUCAAUCCGAGGAUGACGGCUACAUGAGCAUGAAUGGCCGAAGGGCAAAAUUUGUACCUGAUUUCCUGCCAACUGACGAAGCGAAUGCACCCUCACUGCCACUUCCGGUGCCACCGGACGGCAAGUGCUCACCGCCGCUACCCAAGGAGGCAGACAGAAUUAUUGCCAAUUUGCUACCAAGAAUAUCCCCAACCUCAUCACCAACAUACAGAUCCAACAACACCAGUAGCAGUAGCAAUACUCGCAGUCCAGUUCAUGAUUCAAACAGCAGUAUUCAUCAAAGCUAUGAAUUACGGACGCGAAGUAUUAUCGGUAACACCGAUUCGGUUAGUAGCUCAACAAGCGAGAAGCCCUCCUCAAACGAUAACACCGUCAUCGCUGCAAGUCCAACACAGACUACACUGCCAAAGACACGACCGUCGAAUGUCUUACCCACACGUUACGCAAGUCUUCCAUGCUCCAGCCCGCCCAAACAGACCGGACUGAGUGAACCCAGCGGAGGAAGUUUGGACGAUGGUCGGAAUAAACUCGGUGGCAUCGGGAUUACCGCAGUACAUGAUGCUGUACUACGGGGGAUGACGCGAAUGCCAGAACCCAUCGUGAAUGAACACCCGGUGACCAUCUACCCUGGCCGAGCGUCUCCCCCCAGAUGGAACCCUCCACGAAACCUGCCCAGCUCUGUGGAACGCCACAGGGAAGUUUGUCAUAAAAGCAACAUUCCGUCAGAUAACUCCUCGUCCCAGGAGAAUUCUUCGCCGGAAUCGAACGAGUCGGAAAAUAACUCCUCUCUGUCACCCUCGCACGGCGUUCAGAUAAACAUUAAUUACAACAACGAAUUGGUCAGCAAUCGGAUAUUCGCUACCAGUUUGGACUACGCAAGAUCAACAAGGCAGCCGGUGCAGGAUGACAGUGACGAAGAGCGAUUUUCCGAGGAUUCACUCGAGGAGUCGUCACUUCCGCCUCCACCUGGUCCCCCAACAGUCCCUCCACCUCCGUCGUUGUCUGCUCCCGUGACACCAAGCAAACGCCACAGUAUAGCAUGGGAAGUUAACCUCGACGAUCCGGCCAGCUUCGAAGAUCCCUUGGGAGCUCCUAAGGCUGGCGGUUCAAGUUGCACGAAGGUUAUUGCCAGGCGAAAAGGAGGAAAGAAUGCUAACGAUUCACAAUCGAGUCUGGAAUCAACACCCAGCAACAGGAGGAGCGAGUCAAACGAAUGGCCUGAUCCUCCCGAUAUUCCAAUAUGCAGCACAGAGGACGAGGCCGCAUCUCUCUAUUCUGAUUCAGAUGAACUUAUACCACAUAUACCCGACAUCACAGGUCGAGGCACAUAUGUGAUCCGAAAAGGCCGUCAGAGGCAACGGAUAGAAAGUUUGGACUGCAGAACUGGUUCCAGUAUGCGUGGUAAUGAAGCACUGCCCAUCCCAACGCUUCCCAGUCCGGUUUAUCCCGUGUCAAUGUUGAUGCCCAAGUCCAGACAUAGUAUCGAUCUAGGCCUUACGGCAUCCUGCGGUGGACCAAGCAAACUGUCCGGUCCGAUGAUGCUAUCAAAUUCUCCCAGGUCACGACUAUCAUUAGACUUAACUUCACCUACCUCAGAGCUUUUAACAAACGUUAAGAAAACCACAACCCCAACCGGAAUCGUCCCGGCACACCUGAUGCAACUGCAGCUGCAGUCCUUACAAUCUCACGCCAACAAUAAUAACAGCCUAAGCAAAAAUAGAUUUAACCAUAACAGCAGCAGCAACAGUAAUCUCACAACAGUUUGUGUAAAUAGCAAUAACAUUACCGUUACCGACAGUAUCCCGGCAGGUUUAGUGCUGGGGGGAAUUGGAAGUGUGUCUCAGAGUAGCUCUUCGAAUCAACCAUUGCAACCGCCGGCAGGAGUUUCAUCGCGCUAUACGGAGUUCAAAACAUACAGUUCUACCUUCGAUGGACUCCAGGCGCUGGAAAACAACAACAGUGGCAAUAAUCGCGGAGUGACUGCGAGUUCCAAUGGUGCGUCCGCAUCCGACAAUGACAGUGCGUUGAUGCGAGUAUCCUCGUUGCCGACCAUCUCUCCUCCGCAUCCUGUUCCUGCAACAGCCGAAGGCCUUUCCACGCCACGCCGUGAGCUCGCUCCGCCAAUAGAGGAAGACGAGGAAGUCGACAGUGACACACAACGUGGUGCACCGUUACGCAAAAUAGAGGAUAAUAUUAGUGCUUUAUUACGUGGUGAUAUAUCUGUUGCUAGAGUAGCUGACAUACCUCCCAUUAGACGUCCAUUAGGUUUUCGUCUAGGUGUUCAUAAAUCAGAAAGUGCCAAAGAAAUGCUAUUAUCACAGGCUGGUUUGGGGCCUUUGCCACCGUCGCCAACAUCUACGAGUCCGGAAGCGGAUAGUGAUGAAUUUCCCCCCUUGCCUCCUUCGCCUAUCGAAGACCCAGAAGCCAUUCAUCAGAUCCAUGCAAUUCGCAUCAACUCACGCAGCAGGUCUAACAGUGACAAACACGAUGGCUAUUAUCGAAACGAACAUCCACCGGCCGUCCCGCCACAUCGUGGACCAUCAAUCAAUACGCUUAAAACAAGAUCAAUGGAUGCUGGCUUUAGUAAAUCGUAUCGCAACGGCUCGCAUGCUUCCACAUCACCUCACGCCCCCGGAACGCUUCCUCCUGAUUUGCCAGGUUGCAAUUCCCGACGAAGAAUCAUCACCGGAGGCUAUCAGAAGCGAUCUGCCCAGAGUCCCCGCGAUGAACGAUCCAUACAAACAUCAUGUAGUUUACCGGAAACGCCUAUCUUUGCCAGAGGUAGCUGUGAUAUCCCGCGAACACCACAUCGGCGUGCUCCUGAGGUGCCCCCACAUGGUAGUGGAAGCAGAACAGCUCCACGGGCCAAUAGCAAUACAACCAGCAGCCUCGGCUCGUCGGUUGUCGGGAUUGGUGCAUCAACCAUCGGUGGGCGGCAACGCAGUAUCAGCCAUGCCUUUGCCAACGGUGAAAUGUUACGCUUAGCAGGUGGUCCUGCACGUGGUUGGUAUCCGAAGCAGCGACAUCCACGGCCUGCCUCAACCGAAAAUCUGGACCGGCUACAUCCCCAGGGAUCGCUGCGCGCCUGGGAAACGGGUACGGGUAGCAGAAAACCGCUUACCCUACCACCUAAUCUCACACCUAAAUUUUUCAACAAGUCACCGCGAGAGGCUUUGCGUCGUGUAACUAGUUUGUUAAUUCGAAAAGGAAACUCUGGAUCCAAGGACAAGGAAUCUCGAAAGGAGAAGGACCGAGGCGAUAAGGAUGCCUUCGCCUCGACAUCCAUCUUUCUACAACACAUGCCGGGUUCAGACGUGACCGACUCCCAAAAUUACCCCAAUCUCCAACAGCAUCAUAAUCAUUCAUCGCAGCACACGACGCCGCCAACGCAGAAGAAGAAGGGUUUCUUCAAAAGUUUUUGGAAAAAAUCACGCCACUAUUCUCUGGAGAAGCAGUAAUAAAAUGAUAAACAUUUGCUCGCGUAGUGAAGCGUAGGAGACGAGAGAAAUGCGCAGAGCAAAAAAAAUCCAUUUACAUAUUGUAUUCGCAGGAGAGUGCACUUUAACCAAACUUGUAACGGCAGCAAUCUUUAUCUAUUGGCCUAACGGAAGAAGGAAAUAGAAUAAGAUAUUACUUUUAAGGGGAACCAACACAAGAUUAUCAUCAUGCUAAGAAUCACCGACAUAACGUAAACACUAAAUCGCUUCUAUAUAAUUCGGAAAGCAAUCUUUCAACACCCGAAAAUCCAUCGUGCAAGAGGUGACAGAACAGAAGAUCGGAAUAAUACCUCGUCAAAUGAAUUUCCUGUUUUCUCCUAACUUAACCGUGCAGGUAAAUUUUAAAUUUCGCUUUGCGUAGCGACUAUUUAGAAAAAAAAGGCGAUAGCUCACAUCAGACAUUGAACAUUCCCCCCACCAAAAAGUGAGCCACACCCCCUCUCAGUGACAUUCCGACAGUUAUAAUGAUCAUCGUAUUUAAAUAACAUUAUUUAGUAACUAAUAUUGAUAAGGGGGAUCGGAAAGAGGAGUAAUCGUUUAAACAAAAACAUUCAAUUCAAUUAGAUCAUUCAUUCAGUAAUCGUUUUAGGAGUGUAAGCGACGUGAAGCCAAGUAGAAGAGGUGAAAAUUGUAGAGUAGACUAAUUGCAGACAUUAGGCUUGCUGAAGGCAGAAAGUUGUUAGAAAUGAGUGACAUUGUGUUGUAGAUUGAGUACUCUGUAAGUAGUAAGUUGUGUACAGAUGUUAAUUAUCUUUCUUUUUUUUCUCACAGAAGUAUAUACGAUAUUAUUUUAUUAUUAUUUUUUGCUGUUUAUAUGUUAAGUUUGGAAUUGUUUUAUUGCAUUUUUUUUUGUGUUGUGUGUUCAAUCAAACUGUGUUUUGUUUCGUUUAUGACUGCAUUGACUGCAAUGACUGGAACUAAUCUUAUUUUAACCAAAUCUCAAAAACAAAUAAAGCGCAUCUUCAAGUU